AUGACGAGUCAACGAAUUGGCAUGAUGGCAAAUAUUCCACGUAGAGAUUUCUGCAGUAAGAACAGUAAAUGCAUCGUCAACGGUCUUAGUCAAGUAAAUGGCAUCGCCAUCACCGUGGCAAUCCCGAGUGCGCCAGCUCGGGAGAAAUGGGGUAAAGGUGUCGAAUUUAUGCUUUCCUGCAUAGCGUACUCCGUUGGGUUUGGCAACAUUUGGAAGUUUCCGUAUACGGCUCUUCAAAAUGGGGGUGGGGCUUUCCUCAUUCCAUAUCUGGUGGUACUAUUCGUCAUUGGUCGACCGAUCUACUAUCUGGAGAUGGUGAUGGGCCAGUUCUGCAGCCGAGGCUGUGUAAAGAUCUACGAUUUAGCGCCAAUUAUGAGAGGUGUUGGCGUAGGUCAGUCGAUAGCAAUGUUUGUUGUCAUGACCUACUACACACCGGUUCUGGCGAUCACGUUACGUUAUUUGGUUGCAUCAUUCAGCAGUGAACUGCCAUGGAGCAAGUGCGAUCCUUCGUGGAGCCGGUGUAUCAACUCCGAUUUCAGGGGAUUCCCGAACGCAACCGAUCCGAUGCUAAGUAGUAUGAACGUUUCAGCUGAGCUGUAUUUUACAAAGACGGUGAUGCAUCGGACUUCGCUAGAUCAAGGUCUCGGAAUUCCAGAUUUGAAUCUGACGCUAUGCCUGCUCUUCUCUUGGAUAAUUGUGUCGAUUAUUCUGAUCAAAGGAAUCCGCAGCACAGGAAAGGCAGCCUAUUUCCUGGCCCUUUUCCCCUAUGCCAUUAUAUUUGUCCUAUUUAUUCAUUCCUGCACACUCGAAGGCUCAUUCAAGGGAAUAAUGUUUUUUCUCACCCCAAAGUGGGAUCAGCUAUUUACGGCAAAUAUUUGGAUGGAAGCCGUGACUCAGUGCUUCUUUUCGUUGUCCAUUUGUUUCGGUGGAAUCAUUGCUUACUCAUCAUUCAACAAUUUCUCGAACAAUGUCUACCGAGAUGCCAUGAUCAUCUCCUGGCUGGACACGUUCACCUCCAUCAUCAUAGGUUGCAUCGUAUUUGGAGUUCUUGGAAAUCUUGCACAUGUCACGCAUAAAGAGAACAUACAGGAUGUCGUUCGUCAGGGACCGGGUCUAACUUUUAUAGCAUACCCCGACGCAAUCGCCAAGUUUGAAUACUUUCCGCAACUUUUUUCGAUCCUGUUUUUCCUGAUGUUGUUUAUCGUCGGUAUCGGCAGUAAUCUCGGGGUGGUUACCAGUAUAAUAACGGCUGUUCGUGACCAAUGUCCGAAGCUACCGAAUUGGAAGGUGGCCAGUACAAUCAGUGUGGUUGGGUUUUGCUUGAGUACAAUUUACAUGGCCCCUGGAGGACUGGAUUUGCUGGAUGUCUUCGACAGUUAUGGAGCCAAAUAUGUUACGCUUACGUUGGCUUUAAUGGAGUUGAUCACUUUCAGUUGGAUCUAUGGAGUAAAUCGAAUUUGUCAAGAUAUUCAAUUUAUGCUUAAAAUUGAUACCAGCAAAUUCUGGCGAAUUUGUUGGGCGAUUGUGGCACCACUGGUUGUAACUGUAAUUUUAAUCGGCAGUUUUGUGGAGCAUAAACCCAUCGAAGUUCCAGUCGAGUACAACGUGAUGGGAUGGUGCGUCUAUGCGUUCGCCGUAAUCCAGCUACCGCUUUGGGCCAUUUUUGCGGUAAUUACACAGAAGCGCAAUGGACUUUGGCGAAAAAUUCGAAAUGCUCUCAAACCAACCAGAAAUUGGGGACCAGAAAAUGAAGCUAUCCGAGAGUUGUACAAUUUAUCCAUUGAAAAGAGUAAGGAAUUCCAAGAACCGGAACAAAAAUUCAGAUUAGGGAAGUUUAUUCAUAAGAGAAUAUUUAAUUAG